CAGAAAAGCACAUCGUUUCUUCUUGAGCUGUGGGAGUCUUCAUUGAAGAAACUGGGGACUCACCCAUAGGUCCCCCCCCCAGCUUUAAUCAGAUAAACGCUGCACCCCCAUCGCGCUCUGCCGCAGCACCGUAGCAUGGCUGCCAGAGGCCUGCUCCUGGCCUGUUUGGCUGCUGCCACCCUGCUUCAGCUCAGCAGUGCCGGCGUGGUGAAGAAGGUGAUCCGUCACCGUAGGGCGACCCUGAAGCCCAUCCCCUCCACCAACGUCACCAUCCCCAGCCUAGACAAGCCGGUGGUCUUCAACCACGUCUACAAUGUCAACGUCCCCGCCGGCGGGCUGUGCUCCGUGGAUCUGGACCCUCCUGCUGGGUCCGACCUCAUCAAACGCAACGCCCCGGGAGACCCCAACACCAUCGAGCACACCCUGGAUGGGGAGAACCAGAUCGUCUUCACCCACCGGAUCAACAUCCCCCGCCAGGCCUGUGCAUGCUCCGAUGGGCUGGACGCACUGAAGGACCUGCUGAGCCGUCUGGAGGUGCUGGAAGGAGAGGUGUCCACACUCAGGGACCAGUGCACCACCGGGGCAGGCUGCUGCGCUGUCCAGGUCACAGGAAAGGUGGGCACGAAGCCCUACUGCAAUGGCCACGGCAACUACAGCACAGAGACCUGCAGCUGCAAGUGUGAGCCGGGCUGGAAGGGUCCCAACUGCACAGAGCGAGCAUGUCCAGACGACUGCCAGGACCAGGGCAAGUGCGUCGACGGCAAGUGCGUCUGCUUCGAGGGCUUCACGGGCGAGGACUGCAGCAUCGAGGUCUGCCCCGUGGACUGCGGCGAGCACGGGCAGUGCGUCGACGGCGCCUGCAUCUGCAAGGAGGGGUUCUCCGGGGUGGACUGCUCGCACCCCGACUGCCUCAACAACUGCCUGGGCCGGGGCCGCUGCGUGGACGGGGACUGCGUCUGCGACGAGCCGUGGACCGGCUUCGACUGCUCCGAGCUCAUCUGCCCCAACGACUGCUACGACCGCGGCCGCUGUGACAACGGCACCUGCCACUGCGACGAGGGCUUCACGGGCAAGGACUGCGGCGAGCUCACCUGCCCGGGCAACUGCAACGGGCGCGGCACGUGCGUGGACGGCAAGUGCAUGUGCGACGCCGGGUACACCGGCGAGGACUGCUCCAAGCUCACCUGCCCCAAGAACUGCAACGGGCGCGGCCACUGCUUCAAAGGUAGGUGCAUCUGCGACCCGGGCUACGAGGGCGAGGACUGCUCCGUGCUCACCUGCACCAACAACUGCCACAACAGGGGGCGUUGCGUCAAGGGCCAGUGCAUCUGUGACAUUGGCUACCAGGGUGAGGACUGCGGCGAACUCUCCUGCCCCAACAACUGCCUGGACCGCGGCCGUUGCAUCAAGGGCCAGUGCGUCUGCAAGGAGGGCUUCGCCGGCGAGGACUGCAGCAUCAAGACCUGCCCCAACGACUGCUACGGCCGCGGGGACUGCGUCGACGGGAAGUGCGUCUGCUACGCCGGCUUCACGGGCCGCGACUGCAGCGUGCUGACCUGCCCCAACGACUGCCUGAACCGGGGCCGCUGCGUCCACGGCCAGGGUAAAUGUGUGGACGGCAAGUGCAUUUGUAAUGAGGGAUUCGCUGGUGACGACUGCAGCAUUAAGCUAUGUCCCAACAACUGUCUAGAUAGGGGCACAUGUGUGGACGGCAAAUGCAUUUGUAACGAGGGAUUUGAUGGGUUGGACUGCGGAAUUAAGCUGUGUCCCAACAACUGUCUAGAUAGGGGCACUUGUGUGGACGGCAAGUGCGUUUGUAACGAGGGAUUCGCUGGUGACGACUGCAGCAUUAAGCUAUGUCUCAACAACUGUCUAGAUAGGGGUACGUGUGUGGACGGCAAAUGCGUUUGCAACAAGGGAUUCGCCGGCGAUGACUGUGGCAUCAAGUUGUGCCCCAACGACUGCCUUGGCCGGGGAAAGUGCGUCGAUGGGCAGUGCAUCUGCGACGAGGGUUUCGCCGGAGACGACUGCGGCGUGAAGCUGUGUCCCAAUAACUGCCUGGACAGGGGCACGUGCGUGGACGGCCAGUGCGUUUGCAACGAGGGCUUCGAGGGCGAGGACUGCUCCGUGCUCUCCUGCCCGGCCAACUGCUAUGACAGGGGGACCUGCGUCAACGGGGUGUGCGUCUGCGACGAAGGCUUCACCGGCGAAGACUGCGGGGAGCUGGCGUUCUCCCCACCCAAGGACCUGACCGUGAUUGAGGUGAACCCCGAGACUGUGAACCUGACCUGGACCAAUGAGAUGAUUGUGACGGAGUACCUGAUCACCUAUGUUCCCACCGCCCCCGGGGGUCUGUUGCUGGACUUCCAUGUGCCAGGCGACAGGAAAGCUGCCACCAUCAAAGAGCUGGAGCCAGGCAUUGAGUACCUGAUCAAUGUCUAUGCCGUCCUCAGCAACAAGAAGAGUAUUCCAGUCAGCGCCAGGGUGGCCACACAUCUCCCGGAGCCAGAGGGUCUGAGGUUCAAAUCUGUGAGGGAGACAUCUGUGGAGGUGCACUGGGACCAGCUGGACAUUGCCUUCGAUGGCUGGGAGCUGACCUUCAGAAACACGAAAGAGGAGAAUGGGGAGAUUCUGAACACGCUGUCUCCUGCGGAGAUCACCUUUGAGCAGACCGGGCUUGGGCCUGGACUGGAGUAUGAGGUCAAGCUGGAGGUGGUGAAGAACGAGACCCGAGGGCCCCCAGCGACAAAGAUCGUCACCACCAAGAUCGACGGCCCCAGCCAGGUGCAGGUUCAAGAUGUAACGGAUUCCUCGGCACUGGUUACCUGGUUCCAGCCGGUGGCUCAGGUGGACGGGAUCACUGUCUCAUAUGGGCCAGUCUCAAACUCGUCAGACAGAGACACAGUGGAACUCUCCCAUACUGAUACUCAGUAUAACCUUGACAACCUCGACCCAGAUACCGAGUAUGAGGUGUCCCUACUGUCCACGAGAGGAGACAUGACAAGCGACCCUGUGCAUGAGACCUUUACCACAGACCUUGAUGCCCCCAAGGACCUGGAGGCAGUGGCCCAGACAGAUGAGAGUGUGACACUGGAGUGGCAGAACAGCAGGGCAGAGGUUGACAGCUACCAGGUUAAAUACAGCACCCUCUCUGGGGCCGAGCAUGGGGUGAUGCAGUUCCCCCGCAUGGCCGGUGACAUCACACAGGCCACCAUCACAGGUCUGAGUCCCGGCAUGGAGUAUGGUAUUGGUGUGACAGCAGUGAAGAAGGACCGCGAGAGCCUGCCAGCCACCACCAACGCAGCUACUGACCUCGACGCCCCCAAGGACUUGGAGGUGACUGAGUCCACAGAGACCACGCUGGUCCUCAUCUGGAAGCAGCCGCGGGCGAAGAUCAGCAUCUACCGGCUGGCCUACAUCUCCGUGGAUGGUCUAAGGGAGGAGAUUGAGAUCCCGGGCACUGAGACCACGUACACCCUGACCAACCUGAUGCCAGGCAUGCUGUACACCCUCACUCUGGUGGCAGAAAGGGGUAGCCAGAAGAGCGACGCGGCCACAGCUUCAGCAUCUACUGAGGAGGAAAAGCCACAGGUGGGAAACCUCACAAUCUCUGACGUGUCCUGGGACAGCUUCAAUGUGUCCUGGAGCCCUGAGGAGGCCGAGUUUGACGCGUUCCUGAUUGAGGUCACAGAUUCUGAGGGGGGCGCUCAGGUUCAGAACCACACCCUCCUCGGCUAUGCUCGAAGCCAGGGCAUUGCCGAGUUGAGCCCGAGCACCACCUACAGGGUUGUCCUGUACGCAGUGUUUCAGGGGUUCCUCUUAGAUCCCGUCUUUGCCGAAGUCACCACAGAGGCUGAACCCGAAGUGGAGCACCUUUUCGUUUCCGACGUCACCUCUGAAAGCUUCCGGCUUGCCUGGACCGCCGAGGAAGACGUCUUCGAUAGAUUCGUGAUUAAAGUUAGGGACUCCAAAAAGCUCGAGAGCCCGCAAGAGCACCACGUGUCUGGUGACGAGAGAACCAGAGUCAUAACGGAUCUCUCCGGCGGCACCGAGUAUGAAAUUGAGCUUUAUGGAGUCACACUGGAGCAUCGGUCCCAACCCAUUACUGCUGUAGCCCGAACAGGUCUGGGCGCUCCAAGGGGCAUCCACUUCUCUGACAUCACAGACACCUCUGCCAUCGUCCACUGGACUCUGCCCCGCACUGUAGUGGAUAGCUACCGAGUAACCUAUGUGCCAGCUGAGGGGGGAGCUCCAGUGACUGUGACUGUAGAUGGGGCGGAGUCCCAGGCACUGCUGGCCGGCCUGAUCCCCGGGGCAACCUACCUGGUGACCAUCAUCGCUGUGAAAGGUCUGGAGGAGAGCGAGCCAGGGUCCGACAGCGUGACCGCAGCCCUGGACCAGCCUCGUGGCCUGACUGCCAUCAAUGUCACCGACACUGAGGCCCUGCUGCUAUGGCAACCCGCCAUCGCUACCGUGGACGGCUAUGUCAUCACUUACAGUGCAGACACAGUUGCCCCGGUGAUGGAGCGUGUGUCAGGGAACACGGUCGAGUUCGACAUGAGCUCCCUGACUCCUGCCACGCAUUACCUGGUCAUGGUUCACGCGGUCAGAGGUGACGAGAAGAGUGGAGCUGCAACUACAGAGUUCACCACCAAUGUGGAUGCCCCACGGGACCUGGCAGCCAGCAACAUUCUGACAGAGAUUGCCACUCUGACAUGGAAGCCCCCACGUGCUGCCAUCACUGGCUAUGUCCUGACCAUUGAGUCAGCUGAUGGAGUUGUAAGGGAAGUUGUUCUGAGCCCAAUAGAGACCUCACAUAGCCUGUCUGAGCUCAGCGCCUCCACAGAGUACAAAGUAAAACUCCAGGCCAUCGCUGGGCCCAAGAAGAGCAAGCUCAUCACCACCGUAUUCACCACCAUUGGGCUGCUGUACAAACACCCGAAGGAUUGCUCGCAAGCCCUGCUGAAUGGCGAAACCACCUCCGGCCUCUACACCAUCUACCUGGGCGGAAAUGAGAACCAGCCCCUGCAGGUGUUCUGCGACAUGACCACCGAUGGAGGCGGCUGGAUUGUGUUCCUCAGACGCCAGAGUGGCAAACUUGAUUUCUUCAGGAACUGGAAGAAUUACUCUGCUGGCUUUGGUGACAUGAACGAUGAGUUCUGGCUUGGACUUGGCAACCUCCACAAGAUCACGUCCGCUGGACUAUACGAGCUGAGAGUGGACCUCCGAGACAAUGGAGAGGAGGCCUACGCCCAGUACGACAAGUUCACCAUCUCCGAACCCCGCAGCCGAUACAAGGCUCACUUUGGCACCUACAGUGGCACUGCUGGUGACUCGUUGACCUACCACCAAGGCCGACCCUUCUCUACCUACGACAAUGACAAUGACAUUGCCGUUACCAACUGUGCCCUGUCUUACAAGGGUGCCUUCUGGUACAAGAACUGCCAUCGUGUCAAUCUCAUGGGACGGUAUGGGGACGACAGCCACAGCAAGGGUGUCAACUGGUUCCAUUGGAAAGGCCACGAGCAUUCAAUCGCGUUCGCUGAGAUGAAGAUGAGACCGGCCAACUUCAGAAACUUUGAAGGAAGACGGAAAAGAUCAUAAAACAAUCAAAGACCCCUUCACCGCUUCCCCUCCUCACCCUUCCCACCCCAUCCCUUCUUCACUGUCCCUACCCCAAUCAAACACCCCUCCUCCCUCCUGAAACUACCAAAGCCAAGGACACAGCACCCACCUCCUACAUCUCUCCUCCCUUCAGCUUGAACACAAACCCAAAGCCACGUUCCUGGACAGUUGUGCACAGAAUGUAUUCUGUUAAGGCCAAGACUGCAGCAGUCACCAGGGACUUGAGCUGUUUAGCACAUCCCAAAUGAACAUGCACAUACACGCACACACCAAAGACAAACGCCUCCUCUUCUUCAAAAGGAUGGGAUUUUUAUUCUAACUGUCCUGUAAUCAAGCAGGCUCCUGGUGAA